AUGAAAACCGUCACCAAUUUAUUCAUUUUAAAUCUGGCCAUCGCCGACGACCUUUUAACGUUGGUUCUGCCCAUCAACAUUGCCGAGCACUUGUUAAACUACUGGCCGUUUGGUGACAUUUUAUGCAAAGUGAUCCUCUCCAUAGAUCACUACAACAUCUUCUCCAGCAUCUUCUUCUUGGCUGUCAUGAGCGUGGACCGCUUUCUAGUGGUGGUUUCCACGUUGCGCUCCAAGCGCGUGUCCCACCGGACCUACAGGUUAGCCAAGACGGUCAGCAUCAGCAUCUGGGUUCUGGUUAUAAUCAUAGUGAUGCCCUUUACAGUUUUCGCCGAGGUGUGUGUCAGUACAGACGAUGCUGAGCGCAGGAAGAGUUGCGUCUUGAGUUUUCCAGUCCCUGAGAGUUUCUGGUUUAAAGCCAGUCGUAUUUACACGCUUGUGCUCGGGUUUGUCGUUCCAGUGUCAAUUAUCUGCAUCCUCUACAGUGUGAUACUCUACAAACUACGACGCACGCGACUGAAUUCAAACGGGAGAGCUCUGGACAAAGCCAGGAAGAGAGUUGUGAUGGUCUUCAUCGUACUUGCAGUUUGCCUGUUCUGUUGGACCCCCUUCCGCCUGAGUACAGUGGUCGCUCUUACCUCCGAUUUACCCAUUUUUAAUAAUUUAAUAAUGCACUUAUAA